AUAUUCAUUUUUUUUCUUGUCGAGCUGGGCAGUGGCUGUGUUUGUUUGUUUUCUGUCGGAGGAGGAUAAAUCUCAAUGUAACGCGUGUGUUCGGUGAAGCAGUCUCGAUAUCGGCUCGGUGGUUUUUAUAGCACAGCGUUUUCUCCUCUUUGUGCUCGGCGCAGUGGAGCCACAGCAGCCUGUUGUGUUAUUCAUGCGGGCCUGCCUCAACCAGAGUGCGGACUUCAGCACAAUCCACCGGCCGACGGGACGCUGGAGCUCGUCCUGCGCCGCACAAUGGGGCCGCAUGUCCACACAACACCGUACGACCACAGUGACAGUAAAGACCCCCAGAGUAUUCAAUUAUAAAGCGUCUGUGUGGUGGUGGUGGUGUUGUUGUUGUGGCUAACUGGCUAACACCUCCUCUAACUUGGUCCUGUCGUUUGAGGGCUAACGUGAACUUUACGGUGGCGGUAAUUAGAUUCAUCUGAAGCACGAGUCGGGGUCGGUGGUGGUCGGUGGUAGUUUUAGAGGUUGUAAGCUGUUUGAAACUACAGUUUUAUUGAAGUUGUUCGGAUCACUUUUUGUGGUUGAAAGUGGGAGUAGUCUGGAAAAGGCUGGCGAGCUGUUUAUCCACCUCAUUAGAAUAUUUAAUUCAUCUCUAUAACUUUUUUUAUUGCUCCGGGCUGAUCAGUUUUUUUUUUUUUAAGGUAUCUGUCGUGUCCCAAGUGUUUGUCUGAGUUUUAGCCCAGCCUGUGUCUGCUGAAUACAAAGAUUGUACCUGUGUAUACCCCCCGGUACAGGGAGGGGUGGUGAGGCCCACUUCCGGAAGGCCACAAUAAUAACAGGCAGGACAUUCUUACUAUUCACUCUGCCGGUUUCAUGGGCAAGACACAGCUUGAUGGCACUAUUUAUUUUAAUACCGUGCAGAUAAGUUUGUUUUAAAGGAACCAAUCCAGAGUAUGAAUGUGUGUUUUUAGUUAAAACUACAUAGGACGGUUUGUUAUCUCGGGGAUCUUUUACUUUUUGACACAGAAGGCUAAAACAAUGUGUGCGUGCUAUCAUCUCAAUACCUGUGUGAUGGCUCAGGUGUGUUUACAUUAUCAGAUUAUUGCUGCAGUGCAUAGUGUGUUGAAUUAUUGGCAGUUUAGGGCUUAAAUGCUAUAGACUACAUGCAUAUCUUUGCAAGUCAGAACAGGAUAUUGAAUUCAAUAGGGCUGUUCUGUAAAAACAUUUUUGGGUUACAGUGAAAAAGACAAAUAUUUAAAGCUUUGUCCUAUAAAACAAAACCCACAGCAUCCAAAUACUGACUUUGAUGUCAUUUAUCAUGGCAAUGGUAGAAGUUUUGAAACAUUCAGGUCAGCUGUACUGUAGUUUCUUUGUUUGGGUUGUUUAAAUAAUAAAAUUCAGCUUCAUGUCUCGGCCCAAAUAGUGAUUUAGAUUGUGUUCUUUGUUGUACCAGUACAUACAAAUUCAUACCCUGCCUGCAUUGUUUUGAAAAGAAUCACAGCGUAACCUUGAUAUCACAUUACAGGCAAUUUUGUGAAAUGUGAUAUAUUGCAAGACAGUUAUCAUAGUAAAUUUUAUCAUUUAUUUUAAGGCAAGCCAAGAAAAAAAACGGUUUGUUUUGCAUUUUGUGAAGUGACAUCCACUGUCCGGAAAAAAGGCUCAGUUACUCUAAAAAUAUAUAAUUAACUUAUUAAACUGGGCUCCUUAAAGAACAGAUGAGAAAUAAUUCUGUCAUCCUCGUACUUAGACUACUUUUCUCAUUUAAUUAGUUUUACAGUUCCACCCUCAUUCCAGCCUUGUAGUUUCAUCAUGAAUAUUCAUUGAUGUAAACACAGUUGUUAUGAAUAAUGCAUCAUUCGCCGUAAUAAAUUCAGGACAUGCCAUCUCAAAGUAUUGAGAAGGCCUCCAUGAAGGCUCCAGUCAGACAAGCCUUUUCACUGUGGAAGAAGAAAAUCAUAACUAAUCAGAGCUCUGUGCUGUGCUCACAACAGAUAACUACUUGUUUCUAGUAACCUGUAGGAAGGUGAGCAAUUCAUGGCUCAACAAUGCAAAGCAAGAAGCUCUUCUUAAGAAUUUAGCAAGGUACAGCAUACUUACCUGUCAUGUUAUAUCCGGCUAUAUAAGCUAACAUGUUUUGGGAAAUUCCUAUAGGUACCAGAAGAAAAUCUACAAAAUGGGGGCUUUUCAGGAAAAGUAGACACAGAGGAGCUUAUGAGCGGUGGAUGACUUACAAGUUGUUGCAUUUACCAAGCAACAUUGCCACGUUGUCCCUGAUGACUCUCAUGUGCCUGCCACUAUUAAGACCACUCGUUAAACAUUUUCCAGGAUUUCAUGAAAGGUUUUUAUGUUACAGACCGUCUCAAACAUUCUUUAAACCUAUGUUGUGAUAAAGAGGCCUUAGCAAGAAGAUAUUCCUUCUAAACAAAUAAGGGGCCUUCUUUAAAUAGACGAGGCAACAGCGGGAGAGCUAUUCACAGUCCUAGUAAAAUCUGGGGGAAAAGGUGCCAUAUUUUUCUACAACAAGAAAGAGAAAUACACAUCACAUGAAUAACCAGCAGUUAAUGCUAAUAUCAGCUUCCUAGGUGGUGAAUUUAUAUUCCUACUCAUUAAAUAUUGUUACUUGCCACCCCCUAGAUAGAAACCUCACUUUUAUUUAGUUAAAUUGAGUUUUCCACCUAGCCUAUAUAGACAGUUGUCUAAUGACCACCCAAGAGAUACCACAGUAGCUUAUACUGGUGUUAGCCCCAUUACUGUUCAUUAGAUUACACUGCAUCAUCUAAUUUGUUCAUUUGUGAGUUUGGGUGUGUACUGUCUGUUGUCAGAUUGUGUUGGUUUUAUAGGUUGACAAGUAUUAAAAGCUAGUUGAAACUGUUUGGAUAUUCACGUUGAUUCUGCAUGGAACCGGGAAGCUUUAGGUUGUUUGCUCUUUAAUUCCCUCAAAUUGAAAGAUUAUAUGUCGUGACCAUACAUCCUGACCGCUCCAAAAUCUGCUUAGUGCUCAGACUGGUCCACAUUUGGAAAAGUGGUCUUGACGUAUUCAGUGUUUAAGGCGAAGAAUAUAGACAGUAGGGCAGAAUGUGGAUGUGCUAAUUAAGUUUUGCUCUGUCUCAUGUUGAAUCUCUCAGCUCACAUUAACGGCUCUGCAGUAUUCAUCCAGCCUUCCCAUAUUACAGUACUAAUGAGAUACCUAUUUAAAAUUCUCUUCGCAGGAUAUUUGUAUAAUGCAUUGUUCCACUGCAGGGUUUUGCAAACCAUUCAACCAUGUAACUGUACAUGUGUUGAAGUGCACUGCAGAUAACUGGUUUUGCAUUCACUUCUCUUUUGUUUUCUCAUUUGGUUGCACGGUGUGAUUGUUCAAGAGGUCAGAAAGACGGACCCCUUCCAGAUUUCUUACUCUAGUGUGGCAUCUGCAUCUAUCUUAAUGGCCUUCUCGGUAAACAGUGGGCUGGAGUUUAACUAAACACUGUGUUGUUUGAGGAGAUCAACAGUGGAGAGUGGUAUGGAGGAUAAUACAGUGUAAUAAUAUAAUGCAGUGUUCAGUUAUUGUUGAGACUGCUGUUGUCUUUUACAUUUUUCUAGCAAAAAUACCAAAUGUUCAUUGUUUUUAGCCUCUGAAUUGUGAUUGUAAACUCAAUACCUUUUUGUUUUUAGGCUGUUGGAUGGAUGAAACAAACAGUCACCCGUAACUUAAGUAGAUAUUUUUUUAUACAUUGUAGAUCAAACAAUUAAUCUAUUAAUCAAGAAAAUAAUUGGCAGACUGCUCGAUCACUUUAGUGCAGAGCUUUUAGAAAACUGCAUCAAUGAAUAAGGUAGUCAGGUCAGAAUGAACUACAAAACUACCUUUUAGUUACAGCCUUAUUAAAUAAUGUUAAACAACACCCUGUUCAUAGUUAGUUCUAAUGAACACAUUGAUGAUGAGCAGUGAUGAGGUUUAUUUCUGGGCUCAUAAAAGUUUGGGAACCACUGGUUCUCUGUCCUCAUCCCACUGCUGAACUGGUCUGUUUGUUUUUCAGUCUGUACCCGGCCACCGUGCCCUCUUGACAUUGUUUGAUUUGGUCAACUAGUAUGUAAAUGCCUUGCGUCAGGCAGGAGAUAUGUGAAGAAGUUGAUUAGAGCUUCAGCCAGGAGCAGUUGUUGUGGAUUUGGUUGUUAAGCCCCCUUCCCCUGUAGACCACAAUACAGCCACACAUUCCAGCCCAGUCAUUCUGAUUCACUGGACACCUGUGUAGCGCCGUAGCUGGGCUGUUUCCCUGAUGUAUUAACUCUUGGAGCACGCUGAAAAUGAAUUUAAAAGGGCUCCAAAAUGAAAUACUAAUGGAAUGUAAAGCUAAUCUAAAUAUGCUAAUCCCCAAACACUUCAUAAACAUAGACAGCAACAGCCCGCCACCCACUCUCUGUAGUCGCUCGCUGUGGAAUGCUUUAGCCACAGGGGGUCUAGCAGUAAUGACAGGCUUGUGGUGGAUUAAUGUGGAGUUAUUUAUUUCCGAUUGAGCGAGUCCCCCACCCACUCAUACUCAAGACCCCCAAACCCCCCCUCCCUUUUUAGCAGUUAGUCCCGGUCUCCGCGACUCCUGGAGAUACUCCGAACGAGCAGUCUUAGACGUUCUAUUAAUGCAGUCCGCCUUGCUAACAUGCCCAGACCACCGCCGACAGGCCUCACACUGCAUUCUGGGAUAUCUUCAGCCCUUUACCUGCUCUUAGCUAAUUACUUUUUAGCCGUGCAUUCGCACAAUAAUUGGUCUUGUGCUGCUGCCUCCCCUCCCUCUGCUGUGCCAAGUGCUAGUUUGAGCACUUUUUUUCCCUUCUCUGUGUCGUCCUUAUUCCCCUGUUUUUUAUCGUCCUCCAAAAGCCAUCCAAUUAAUAUGCUAAUGAGCUGAUAAAUAUUUAUAGGGGUUUAAAUUAUGCAGAAAGCUUUCAGAGCCCGGUGUGAAAUGCGUCGCUCGCAGGACUUCAAAGCCUUGCAUUGCUAACGAGGCAGGGGCAGAUUUGCAUACGGCUUUAAUCAGCUGAAUACUGAUUAUGCUUCAUUAUAGAGUUGGAGGGAGGGGAGCCGAGUUGGAGGAGGCCGCCAGCUGCACUUGUCGUUUGUUUCAUUCCAGCAAGAGAGGGAGAGGUUGAACUUUUUCAGAAGUACAGACAAUCUUGGCACAAGAGAGAGAGGGAGAGAGAAGGAGGGUGGGAGAAAGGGAGAGCGAGUGCAAAGUAGGCACUGUAAGAGAGAGAGGGGCAGAGCUAUAAGAAAAGAAAAGAGUGCAGGGAGAGAGGGAAGGAGAGCUGUUUGCGUAAACCCUGUUGGCUUUCCCAGUGUGCGUAUCCCAGUGUUGUUCAGUGAACCGUGCUGUGGACAGUGCCACUGUGUCUGCGUGUAGCUCUGGUUGUAUUGAACCCUGCUCGCUGCUGACCAGUGGAGAGUGAAGAGAGGGAGGAGUGGGAGGAGGUACAGAGUGCCGGACACCCUGUCGUGGGUUAGCCCGGCAAAGGCAAUUUUCCAUGAUAGGUUCUGCAACCAUGCUGGAACACACAGGUGGAGCAAGAGCGGGAAUAUCAUCCAAUUAUGGGAUAUACUCAGGUGACAAAAAUUCUAAAGUGAAUAAUCAGUCAGAAACUACUAAAUGUGCAAUGGAAAGUGGUGACGGGAACACCGGGAUCCAAAUCAAUGGAUUGGACUUUCAGAGGCACACGGUGCCCACCACAAGUGCAAUCACUAAUGCACAUGCACAAGCCCUCCUCCAACAGUCUAAGUCGGAAGACUCGAGCGCUCUUCCGACCUCCGUCCAGCAGAGCGUAUUGCCUCAAACCCAGCUAAUGUUGGCCGGGGGACAGAUUGCUGGAUUGACCCUGACCCCAGCGCAGCAGCAGAUGUUGAUCCAGCAGGCCCAAGCUCAGCUUCUGGCUGCAGCCGUGCAGCAUUCAGCCAACCAGCAGAACAGCACCACUGGGGCCAGCAUCUCAGCCUCCGCAGCCACACCCAUUACCCAGUUGCCCCUGUCACAGCCCAUCCAGAUCGCCCCUCAGCUACAGCAGCAGAAUUUAAGUCUGCCUCAGUUUGUUCUGGUGCAGCCUGGCCACCCGAUCGCCACACAGCUGCAGCCUCAGUUCAUCAUCUCACAGACACCGCAGGCCCAACAGAGUAUAUUGCAAGCCCAGAGUCUUCUAACUACACUACCUCAAAGCCAAGCUAACCUCCUGCCGACUCAACCAAGCAUCACCCUUGCACCUCAGCCUGCAACACCAACCCGCACAACAGCAGCCACACCUAAUCAGUCCCACAGUCAGACACAACCCAAACGGUUGGAUACUCCCACUCUGGAGGAGCCUAGUGAUCUGGAGGAACUGGAACAGUUUGCCAAGACCUUCAAACAGAGGCGUAUCAAACUGGGCUUCACACAGGGGGAUGUUGGCCUGGCCAUGGGGAAGCUGUAUGGAAACGACUUCAGUCAAACUACCAUCUCUCGCUUUGAGGCCUUGAACCUGAGCUUUAAGAACAUGUGCAAACUCAAGCCAUUGCUGGAGAAGUGGCUUAAUGAUGCAGUUUGUGCAGAGAACCUGACAUCUGACCAGGCUCUGUCCAGCCCCAGUGCCCUGGGCUCCCCGGGCAUGGGCAUAGAGGGGAUCAACCGCAGACGGAAGAAGAGGACUAGUAUUGAGACCAACAUCCGAGUGGCCUUAGAAAAGAGCUUUCUGGAGCAGAACCAAAAACCUACCUCUGAAGAGAUCACCAUGAUUGCUGACCAGCUCAACAUGGAGAAGGAGGUAAUUCGGGUCUGGUUCUGCAAUCGCCGGCAGAAAGAGAAGAGGAUUAACCCCCCCAGCAGUGGCAGCAGUGGAGGAGGCAACACCUCCAUCAAAACCAUCUUUACCCCCAGUAGUCCUUUGGUGGCCAGCACAGCAAGCCUUGUGAGCAGUCCAACUAUUAACACGCCCACCACUCUGACUGUAAAUGCAGUGAUGCCUCUCACCAGCACCAGCGUCUCCAGUUUGUCUUUCACAGAUUCGAAGGGAACUUCUCCUUUCUUCUAUUUCUGCCCUCCCUUCCUCAAAGGCACGACGGUUGGCGCCACAAACACAGCAUCCGUCAUAUCCACCGCCCCUAUGGUUACUACAGCAACCAGCUCUCCAUCUUUAAGCCCGUCGCCAACGAUUCAUUCCACAACCACAGAGAACAAGAUUGGCACUCAUGCGCAAACCAUCGUCACCCAGGCCCCGACAUCCAUAGCUACCACUUUAGGGACGGGUCAGGUGAUGGUGGCGGCUCCAGGGUUUUCUGCAGCGCUGCAGAGUGCUGCCCAGUUACCCACCAGUGCCAGCUUUGCUGCUAUGGCUGCUGCUGCUGCAGGGCUCAACCCUGGACUGAUGGCUUCCUCCCAGUUUGCUUCAGGGGGGGCCCUGCUCAGUCUGACUCCUGGUGGCCUUGGCAGUGCGCUGAGUCCUGCCCUCAUGAGUAACAGCACCCUGGCUACCAUCCAAGCUCUGGCAUCGAGCGGCACAAUCCCCAUCACGUCUCUGGAUGGCAGUAACCUGCUGUUCGCCAACACCUCUGGUACCACGCCGCUUUUCCUGAAUCCCCAGACCCUGUCGGUGCUCACCAGCAACCCCGUCAGCCUGGUGUCGGCCGGGGCGGGGGGGCUGCAGGUCACUGCCGAUGCCCAUCAUCAAGCCACCUCGGCUGCUGUGCCUGUGCAAGCCACGACCAUUACCACUGCCUCCAAGGCUCAGUGAAGCCAGUCAGGCUGCAUCCCGAGUUAACGCCCUAUUUCUUAUGUCGUGCACUACUCCUAUCACACCAUGUAGGGAAUAGGGAGGUCGUUUCUAUAUAGGCUCUGCGCUUCACUAACCACCCCACAUUCUUUCCAUUGUAUCUAUCAUUAUUUAAUCCUUUUGCUGCCACCAAAAAGAAAACAGCCUCAAAUGAGGUUGGGGUUGACUUUUUUUUUUUUUUUUUAGUUUGUUUCCCGUCUUUGUCUUUAUGAUUCUUGGAUGUUUCUGGGGUUUCUUUUUCUCCCACAAACAGUAGCCAGAUGGACACUGUUGUUGGCCUGCGCUCCUCAUGAACCUUGACAUGUGUCCAGGAAGAGAAAUAUCCUCGACACCAUCAAGCUUUUAACAUUUUGUAUAUAAAUAUAUAUCCUCCUAUUUCCAGGUCAGAAUUUUCUCUGAAAUACUUCUAACCAAAAACUUUAGGAUUUUGCUCUUUUAACAUUCAAACUAAACUGAUUUACUACUAAUUUCACAAUAUUCAUCAUCACUAAUGGGGAUUUGUGUGUCACCCCAUCUUUAAUUAUCUCUUUUGUGUUUUUUGGACAGGCCUUGACAUAAAUCAUAUCAAAGUUAUAUUGUAGAGACUUUUUUUUUCUUUAUCUUUGCUGUCUAUAUUUUUUGACAUUUUCAAAACUUUGUAAGUCUAAUAUUAAGUUAAGAUUUAACUAUCAAUUUUUAAUCGUGGUUAUAAGGCUUUAAAAACAAGUAAUAAGUGGCCGAUAUAAAGGUUAUCAUUGCUUUAAGGGACGUAGGGACCAGACGUGUCUCUCUGAGUCUCUCUUUCUGGAAACACUGACUUUUACGCUUUGCUGCGGCGGCAAUGAAGCUGCCGAGCUUUUGUAAAAUGACGGUCUGGUUUCGGAUUAUAGACACUGAUAGAAAAUGACUGAAAACAGUACUUUGAGAGCUUUAAAAAGAGCUCUGUGUCCGAUUUUGUUUUGGAUGGUGGUCCAUUGGAAAGCUGUAUAUUAUGUUUGGAUUCAGAGGUAGAACUUAGACGUCUGCAUGUGUUGUCUACGGCUCAGGCAGAUUCUGAGAGUUCAGUAACUGCAUGAUCCACGAGGCUCUGUGGCUGACCGGUCUGUUUUGGGGACGACUAGUCAGGGGGGCAUGGUCAUCAUAAUGUAUGGUGGCAUUGGCUAGAUGGGGGUUAUUGUAUUGUGUUUUUGUUUUCUUUUUUUCUUUUUUAAUAGUGGUACCGUCGUAUCUACUUGUGCACAGUAUCUGUACCAAAAAACUGGAUUGAUGAGCUGCAGUCUGCCUGUUUUGGGAGGAAUGAAAUUCUGUCUUUUUUUUUUUUUUUUGUCUGCAGUCAUUUGACUGGCUUACGUACUUUAAGAUAUACCAAAAAUAUUUGUUAAAAUAAUUGCUGUGUGUAGUCGGUGUAGCUUAGUCUAGUCAAUAUAUUUAUGAGUACAGAAUCUCUCUUCAUUGUCAACAGAAUAUAGAAAUGCAAUAUUUUGAUGAUCACUUUCCAAAGAUUUCCUUUUCUUUCUUUUUUUUAAGUGUCUCAUUGCUCAACUUUUAAAUUGGCAGCACAACUGACAAAAGGAGAAGGAUUGGUGGGUUGAGGCAUGAGAAAGUAGUUUCCUUUUUAUUCUUUAUGAAUUGGUUUUUAUCACUGGGGUGUUGCCCCCAGUGCCUGAUCCUGGUUUUCUUUGAGCCAUUUGAUGGCCUGUUUUCCUUUUUCAUCUUUUUUGGCCAUUUUGGUAGCAGUUUUGGACUUUUCUGAAGCAAAGUGGAAAGGUUCUGUUUUUUGGUUUUGUACUAAUAUUCAGCCAUAAAACAACAGCUUGAACCAAAGUGGUUUUCCUCAGUAGUUGCUGUGCCUGUCCGAGCACACAAUCUCUGCUCCCCACUCUGCUGACAAAUUAUUUCCCUCCUCUCCCACCUCAAUCAGUACCUGAUAUUCCCAAUUUGGUGCUGCUGGAUAAAGGAUAACAGAAACUUUAGCUUUAACAACUUGCUGCUGAAACUCCUGGUGGAGUUGAGCUGUUGAGGGGCCUGCAUGCUUUGCUAUAGCUUUAUGACUACAUCCUGUGAAAAUCAGGUUUGUGGUUUAGACCCUCCCGUCUGGAGGGCGCACCGAUGUAAAUGCAUAGAUCUGAUCAUCAGAUAACAUACUACACCUCCUCUCAGCACCAUUUUUGAACCAGCAUGUUAUGAAACAAUGUGCUGCUCCCUAAAUCUGUAUGUGGACUAGUUUUUAAAACCUGCCAAAUUAUCUUAACCCAGCACAGUGUUGGGCUAAGUACUGUUAUGUGCUACACAUUGAACUAAACCCCACAUAAAGUAGCAUUGAUCUGCUGCUUCCAAAUAACAAAAUGAAUUACCACAGUGAAAUCACUGAAACUGUAAGCAGUGAGAUUUGUCCACAUUAUCCUCUUGUGUACUUUCCUGUCGUUGAAUUAUUUUGACUGAAUAUACCUCAGCAGCACUUAAACAUAAGGUUCACCUUUAGACAUUUCUGUGUAUAGAACAGUGUAGAAUGUAUAAGUACUGUCUGGCUUGCCAUUCAAAGUUUAUACUGAUGAACCAUACAUAAAAGGACAACCUACUACUGCUAUUUUCUAGUACUACUAUUUAUGGGGUAUUUCCAGGUUUAAAUGUUAUUUUGAGAUCCUUCUUGCCAAAGUAAAAGCCUUUUCUCUUUGCAGCUAGGCAGGUGUCUGGCUGCUCAUGUUGCUGGUUUCCCUGUCUUUGAGGCCACAACGGGCCUACAGGACUCAGUCCUAUUCCAGUGCUGUUUGUAGUUACUAAUGAGUUGAACAUGUGCUAGCAAGAUGAACCAGUUGCCAUCGGCACCAUAGGAUGUUACUGAAAUAUUUAUCUGAGGAAAGACUUAAGAAUUAGAGAAACGAUCUUUUCUUAAUUCUAUACAUAUAAAUAUAUAUAUAAACACUUGUAAGAUAUUCAUAUUUUAUAUUUGAACCAGUAUGUUAUCAAGACUGAAUGUAGUGUUUAUCAUGCUUACUCAAAAAAAAUUACUCCCCUAAAUCUUCCUUUUUAUUAUUGCAAAAUAGCAAUUUUUUUGAAAACUGUCAAGACCAAAAAAUAAGUGAUGAAACCAGAGACCACGCCUCGGCGGCGCGUGAGUUGCUGACACCUGUGUCUGUCGUGUAUCUGCGAGGUCUUUUCAACAGGAUGGGCCCAUUCAGGCGCUCCUGACUCUGAAGCAUCUGAUCUUAAUCUUUUACUAGAUUUUUUUUUUUUUUUUCAUUUUGUGUUUUUGGUUGAGUCGUUGUGGACUUGAUUUGUUGUGCUGUCUUUAACAAUCAUUUGACUUUUUUUUUUUUUUUAAUAUUACUUUAUGCCUUUAAUUGUUUUGUAUAGUGUGAGAGGGCAAGAUCACUGGCUUUCUUAGUUUGACAAAGAAGAUUAACAUUAUCAUUUAUGCCUUAUUGUUACGUAGAAGACAUGAGCAUUGUAGCAUUGUGUGUGUGUGUGUGUGUGUGUGUGUGUGUGUGUGUGUGUGUGUGUGUGUGUGUGUGUGUGUGUGUGUGUGUGUGUGUGAGCGUGUGUGUGUGUGUGUCUGAGCGUGUGUGUGUGUGUGUCUGAGCGUGUGUGUGUGUGUGUCUGAGCGUGUGUGUGUGUGUGUCUGAGCGUGUGUGUGUGUCUGAGCGCUGAGCUCACCUGGUGCAUUGUUUUCACUGAAACAAUACAGUGUACUUUGGGCAUUUUGGAGCGUGAUUAUGUUGCUACCUAUGUUUUUAGGUGUGACUUAGACAGGUUGAGGAUACCUGUGAGAAAAGCUUUACUAAUAAUUCCAGCAGGUGGGUAGGUGUGUGUGUGUGUGUGUGUGUGUGUGUGUGAGAGAGUUUAAAAAGAGAGAAUAGGGAGGGCAGUCUGCAAACCAUUAUGGUGCAUUUUCUUUUCCAUCUUCCAGUGGAUGUUUGAGAGUGAUUUUUUAAAAAAAUUGUGAGAUAUGAGAGUACUUUUUUUGUUUUUGUCCAGAGGGGGUGUCUACUGAUUAACUAAAGCCUUUAAGCAAGCCAGUUUUGAAAUUUUUAGGUAGAACUACAGUUUGUGGUCUUGGUUUGACUGGUUCAUCUCUACUAAUGAUCUUAACUUUCAGCUGACUGUCUUUUUAGCGCUGGCUUGGCUUUAAUGUUUUAGUUUCAUGACGUGAUUGUGAGAUUUCAAGAUGUUCUUGUCGAUCAGCCAUGCAUCAUGUUGGCCCACCACACUGGUUUGCUGGUUUUUAAGAUUGACAAAGGAAGUGCGGAGCACCAGUAAAGCAAAAGGAGCUGUUGUAUACCUCAUUUCUAACUCAAGACUGAGUGAAACCUGCUUUAAUCUACUUAAGAAAUAGAAAUAUAAAAAAAUAAAAAAAAUCACAAAAAAAGAUGAAAAUACACAAACUUGUGUCAGUGGAGAAGCCCGUUCGUACCUGUGCUUUGUGAAGGGUUGUGAUAAAUGCCACCACAAGGGGGAGACAGAUUACAUACCAGUACUCAUGAAUGUCUGCUGUUUUUCCUUCACAAUUUGGUGUUUUUAUGCUGCACACUGAUGUAUAUCAGCAUUGGAUGGAGAUAGUUAUUUGUAACUUGAGAUAAGUUUAUUUUAAUGUAUUGUAUUCCGUUACUGUCUGUCAGAAGUUACUUUUGAGCACCCCUCCAUGUUUGAACACUUCUUUAAGUUUGACAAUCCUGUUUUUAUUUUUAAGUUUUUUUUAAAUUUUAUUUUCACUCUGACCAGGUACAGGUAUGUGCGUGUCUUCCCUCAUUGUCGGUGUGUUGUCGCAGCCCGCUCUCGCUCUCCUGUGGUACCAACAUUAACCAAAGACUUCUCACUUGAUUGUAUAUGAACGACACCGCCUCUCGCCCCGUGCCCCGCCUCACUGCUCAGCAUCAAAUCCCCGGCUGCACACUCUCUCACCGGAGCCCUCAAUUCACCUGUAAAGAGUUUGCUUUUUAUUGCAUGCGAAUGUGUAUCCGCCUGGAAACACUCCGGCGUUGUGUCGAUGCUGCGGUUUCAGUGCCUGUGGGCGGGGAUCGGAAGGGGGCUUGAACAGGGGCUGAGCGGGCUUCUCCGACAGACAUGAACCAAUCUGGUGGUAGCUGGGUGAUGUUUGUUAAUACACACUGAGGGUUAAUCCUGUGCACACUGUACAUGCUCAGGACUCUGUAUGUUUGUCUGUCUUGAGCGCUGUUGCUAGGAUGUCCCCCCCCCUCCCUCUCCUCCUCCUCCUCCUCCACUCACUCUCUCAAGGACUGUGGUGAAAAUGCUGUUCCUGCCUCUCACAGUGUGUCUGUUUCUUCCUCAUCAUCCGUACACUGUAUAGCCCCAGGACAUUAACCCUGUUGUCUCCAGGAAUACACAUCCUGCGGUCGCUAAAACUCACUGCUGUGUCCCCCCCCCUUCCUCCCCCCUUUUCUCCUCUCCGGCUCUCUCCUUUGACAUCGUCUCUUCACUACAGACUCUGAUCAGCUGUGACACUAUGCAUCACGGUCCUUCACUCUGCAUGGACUGUGUCCCUCCGGCUCAGAACUCUGGCCGACGGGCUUCAGUGACACUUUGUUUAAUGCUUUACUCCAGGUGAGGUUGUAGGACCUCACAAGCGCUAUCCCAAAGCAAAAAUCCAAAUAUUUAACUUUUGACAAAUGCAGAUACCAAAGAUAUCUCUCUGUCCUGUGUCUUUCUCGAGCUGUUUUUUCUCACCCUUCCACCCUGCAGCAUGUGUAUUAAGAGACAAACCCAGCACUGGCUUUAGUCCUAGCCUCAGUAAUUCCAAAGCUUAGAUGUAUAUUUUGGUAUAUUUCUGAGAAAAACUUACGUGAAAAGCGUCUGUUUCUCGUUUGUUUGUUGUAAUCUCUUUUUUCUGUCACAGCAUGGAACUAAUUGCAGAACUGUCUUACUCUUGGUAGGUUAAAGAUAUAGUAUUUUUGUAUGUUUUUGGGUGUGUCGUGUGUGAUUUAUCAGUUCAGUUCAGCCCAAGUGACCAUGGCUUUCAACAAGAGAGAAAAAUUUGGAGGAGAAAAAAAAGAGAAAACACCAACCAUGUACAUAUUAUGUCUGUGUAUCUCAAGAAAUGCAUUCUGUAAAACAUUUACUACUCACAUCGGAAGCUUGGGCUCAUCUAAAGGAAUGUGUCCUAGAUUUUAUUUCCCUUUUUUCUUAUACUGCAGUCUGAUAUGAAUAGUCUUCCCAGGACUCUAAUGUAAAGAGUUCUGGUUUCCAUCACGGACAACAACACUGAGGGACACUGCUCCGAUCUGACUACAAGGAAAAAAAAAAACAAACAAAAAAAAAAAAAAACCCGCCUCCAGUCAUGGCGGCAUAGAACUGAAAGAUUGUGUAGGAGUUUUAAGUAUGUGAAUCAGGAUACAUAGUAGAUUUUGAUGCAUUUGUCUGCUGUAUUUUUGUUUGUUUUGUUUUUAUACACAUAUAAAGAUAAUCUUUUACUGUUAAUGUACAGUUCUCUUUUGUUGUAAACAUCAUUAAACCAUUUUCCAAGUGUU